AUGGAGGACUUGGUUGUGAACAUGCUUCGCUACGAGGAGCUGCUUUUUUACACCGCCUGCCUUUCUAACUGUUGGUCUCUGUGUCUGUGUGUGUGCGUAUGUCUGGAGGGCAGAGUGUUUCGAAGGGGCGGCGGCAGAAUCGUGCGUAUGGGCAGCAGCUGGAGGCACCUGUCCCGGUCCAUGCGGCUGGUGCUGCGCUGGUGCUGGCAGCAGAGAGGAGGUCGAGGUGGGCGCAGCAGAGCACAGAUCAGUGGCAGCUUGUUGGAGCUGUGGAGUUACAGCAAACUGUUGCUUCAGUCUUUGUGUUACAACAGCCUCGCUGACUCCGACACUCUGCUGGACUGUGUGUUCGAGCCUGUUAUCUGGACUGUGGACAGUAUUACUCGAUGGUUUGGAGUGGCGUUUGUCAGCCUAGUUAUCCUGCUGACAUCUUCUGUUGUGAUCAUUGUCCACCUGUUUGUCAUACCCAAAAUCAUCAGCACUUACCCUGUGCACUGGACUGUUUGGCAUCUCGGCUGUGGCCAUUGGCUUCUGCUCAUGGUGACCUUCCAUUACUACAAGGCCACCGUCACCUCCCCUGGACACCCACCCAAGAACAAACUUAAAGUGCCCUCUGUUUCCAUCUGUAAGAAAUGUGUCACACCAAAACCACCGCGGACGCACCAUUGUAGCAUCUGCAACAUACUCUCGGAGCGAAUCGGAUGUUUCUUCCAAGACAGGCGACGCCAGCAGCAGCCCCCAGCUGCUCUUUCCCUCCUGAAGAGCGUAGUGUCGCCGGAGGACGAGGUUUCCCAGAGGUUCACCUGGUCCGUCACUCCACCUCCCUCUCGGAGGAGCUGCAAAAAGCUUUUUGUUGGAGGGCCCUCAUCAACGAGGGAUCAUUUUCAAGACGCUCCACAGCUGCACAACGCCUCCCCACUCUGCUACGCCAGCCCCGCCCAUCAGACAUCCCCAGCAUCCGGUAGUUCAGCUUUUCCCAGAGAUCGCCAACAGGUGGCGUCCCAGGACAACAAACCGCAGAGCUCAGGGGGAGAUGACUCAAAUGACGGUUUGCGGGAUGUGUGUGAAGAUGACACGAAUCUGUACAGCACUUUGGGCUGUCUUUUCUGCAGCAUACAGAAUCAGAAUCAGUUUAUUAUCGCCAUGUCAAUGAACGAGAGUUACAAUCAGACCCCCCCUCCUGACCACAGCUUUAGAGAAAGCACUGCUCACAAAUGUAUCAUCUUCCUCUGGGUGCUGACUAGCUCUGUUGCAGUAGCUUUGGGAGGACUCACUGUGUGGCACGCGAGACUCAUUAACAGAGGCGAGACCAGCGUGGAGCGCCACAUCAACCGCAAAGAGACCAAAAGACUGAGGGAGACGGGAAAGGUGUUCAGAAAUCCCCACCAUCAUGGCAAAAUAAAGAACUGGGAAAUAUUUUUUGGUGUGGAGACAAAAAGUCACUGGUUCACUCGGGUCUUGUUACCCUCCAGCCAUCCUCCUGACGGAGACGGCCUUAUGUGGGACUGCACCUUCCGCCGGAGAUACCUCAUAGCCGUUUGACUCUGAGACGAUAUUUUUAUUUUUAAAUAUAUUUAAAAAAAAAUUGUGGUAAAAACACAGAUAAAUUAACAUUUUGGGGCUUAUGUUUAAAGGAAGAAACCCAACAAUGUGUUGGGAUCUUUG